GCCCGGUCUAAACAUGGCCUUCCCUGGAGCCCCGUCCACUUCCCCGCACUGCCCGCCGAAAUCCCUGCCUCGGGGAGGGACAACGUAACUGUCCGACUCGUGGCUCCCCCGUUUCCGCAAGGAGGGUGAUAGAACGCAUUAGUUCCGCUUAUCCAGAUACUCGAAUCCCUGGUGGGCCUCCAGAACCCUAGAGGAAAUUUGGAAGUCCCUGACUGUUUCCGGGAGGAGUUGAAAUGAGGACGCUCACUUCCGGCGGAGGGAGGUAUUUUCAUCUGGGAUGGAGGAGGAGGAAGCGCCGCACUUGAAUGGGGAGACUCUGCUGCCGGCCCCGGAACCGCGCCUGGACCCGGAGUCGGGAUGGAGCCCAUUGGAAGAUUGUGCUCAGUGCCUCAAAGACCGCCCGCCUUGGGGGAGCCGGGCCAUUCUCGCUCUAAAGAGCCUUCCCCGGGGCUUGGCCGUGGGUCCCUCACUCGCUCAGGAACAGCGUUUGGGGGUCUGGUGUGUCGGGGAACCCCUACAGCCAGGACUGCACUGGGACCCUCUGGAAGAAAAGGCUGUCUCCGAGAAGGGCGAGGAAGUGAAACGACAGCAGAAGGACCUGUCACUAGACCCAUGGGGGGCAGUGUGUGCCUGUGAGCAGAGUUCAGGCUGGACCAGUUUGGUGCAGCGGGGCAGGCUGGAGAGUGAGGGAAACGUGGCCCCAGUUCAGAUCAACGAGAGGCUUCACCUGCAGGUGUACCGGGUUGUGCUGCCAGGCUUUGAACUGCUACUGUGGCCCUGGCCUCCCUCAGAUGGCCAAAGCCCCACACAGCCCAGGCUAGAGGAGGCGGCAGCUGUGGAGGUGGUGGCAGAAGAAGAGUCUGAUUUACAACAACAAGUGGCCUCCCCUGGAGAGGAUGCAGCAGACCCUUGCACAGAUCUUGGUCACCAGUCACAGCACAGCAUCCAGACAGAGAAUGUGGUGAACUCUGAGCCUAAGUCCGAAGCCCAGGAUCAGCCUUCCAAGAAUACCCAGCCUCUUGGCCCGUUGCUUCAGGAUGGCAGUGUGGAUAGUGUGGAUGAGGAGUGCCUGCUCCAGGCACAGAUGCCACCUGAAACUCAGAGCAGCUUGGCCACCCAGCAGGGCACAGAGAGCAGUGAACCUGAAUCUCAGAGAGGCUCCACUGCCCAGGUAGACUCAGAGGACUGUGAAGCCAGUUCAUUACCUUCUGCCAGGGGCACCCAGCUGCAUGCCUGCCUGGCCAAGAAGUUAUGUGGCCCCAAUGAUCAGUGCGCCCCCAGAGCAAAGACCUCAGAGCCCGGGGCCCAGCAUUUCCCUGUACUCUUAUGGAGCCCUGCUGGAAAUGCCCCAAAGCAGGGGCGACGGUACCGGUGUGGGGAGUGUGGAAAGGCAUUCCUGCAACUGUGCCAUCUAAAGAAGCACGCCUUCGUGCACACAGGCCACAAGCCCUUCCUGUGUACCGAGUGUGGCAAGAGCUACAGUUCAGAGGAAAGCUUCAAAGCCCACGUGCUGGGCCACCGUGGGGUGCGGCCCUUCCCCUGUCCACAGUGUGACAAGGCCUAUGGCACCCGGCGAGACCUCAGAGAACACCAGGUGGUACAUUCUGGUGCCCGGCCCUUUGCAUGUGACCAGUGUGGCAAAGCCUUCGCCCGCCGGCCCUCCCUGCGACUGCAUCGCAAGACCCACCAGGUGCCAGCUGCCCCUGCCCCAUGCCCAUGCCCUGUUUGUGGGCGGCUCCUGGCCAAUCAGGGUUCUCUGCGGAACCACAUGAGGCUCCACACAGGGGAAAAGCCCUUCCUGUGCCCACACUGUGGCCGGGCGUUCCGACAGCGGGGCAACCUGCAUGGGCACUUGCGGCUGCACACCGGGGAGCGCCCCUAUCGCUGCCCGCACUGUGCGGAUGCCUUCCCCCAGCUGCCUGAACUGCGGCGCCACCUCAUCUCCCACACUGGGGAGGCACACCUCUGCCCCGUGUGCGGAAAGGCCCUCCGAGACCCGCAUACCCUUCGUGCCCAUGAGCGCCUGCACUCAGGGGAGAGGCCCUUCCCAUGUCCCCAAUGUGGCCGUGCUUACACACUGGCCACCAAGCUGCGGCGCCACCUCAAAUCCCACCUGGCAGACAAACCCUACCGCUGUCCCACCUGUGGCAUGGGCUACACCCUUCCCCAAAGCCUCAAGCGGCACCAGCUUAGUCAUCAGCCUGGGCCACCCUCCAAUCCCCCCUCUGUACCUCCUGCUGCUUCUGAGCCCACCAUGGUGCUCCUGCAGACUGAGCCAGAGCUCCUGGACACGCGCAGCCCAAGUGAAGCAUCUCCAACCAGGGAUGUUGUUGAGGUCACCAUUUCAGAGAGCCAGGACCCUAGCCCCAACCUGGUGCUAAUCCAUAAGGACAUGGGCUUUAGUGCCUGGGCAGAGGUAGUGGAGGUAGAGACAGGCACCUGACACGUGGGCCUUCUCACAGCUCUCCAUAAAGUCUGUAGCUCUA